AGUAGUACAUAGUACCACUGGCACCUCGUAUGAUACAACGCUCUCCAGCCGAACAGUGGCCACCGGGCUCAACCCCCAGUUCGGUGGUAGAGAGAGGCUUGAAUGCGAUCCAAGCUCGACAAGCACUCAGAGUAGUAGGAGGCAGCCAUCAAAGCUAAGGCAGCCGGCCUCAUUUUACAAGAUUUGGGCUCUCAUCAACACAUACAGCGCAAGGCUGUUGCAGGCCGUGCCGACUCGCAAGAGAGCAUGCCGACGCCGCGUACCCGUUCUCCCACAGGAGACCGUCGACAUGAUCGUCUGCUCGCUCACCCGAGGAGUUGAUUGGCACACCCUCCGAAGCUGUAGCCUGACAUGCCGUGCGUGGCUUCCGAUCAGCCGCGCUCAACUAUUCCACUCCAUUAUGAUCCACGAUUCAGGCGAUCUUGCAAGGCUCUCUAAGCUCCUGGAUGCCUCUCCAUACAUCGGGUACUACAUACGCAGGUUCGAACUCAAUCUCGCCAAUGCACCAUCUCCACCAAACUGCUGCUUCCUUGAGACGAUCCUCGACCACCUUCCGAACGUGCGACUCUUGGCACUCUCCGGCACUUUUCCGUGUGCGGACAGUUUCGUGCUGCCGCAAAUGUCUACCGUCUCGAAGCUGGUCCUUUGGGGUAUAUGGUUCGAUGCGGUGGAUGACCUGCCCCUCUUGUUAGCCUCCAUGCCUAACGCCAGGGAACUCGAUAUCGGGGCCAUCGGUAUGCCAGACACCGUGUCUCCCCUGGGACAUCCGAGUCAAUCAAGGGCGGUCUGCGCAUUCAACGUGCGUAAGCUGUAUGUACAGCGCUGUCCGAACGUCGCUGCCUAUCCCUACUUGCUAUCGUCACCCUUGCAUCACUUGAGGAUCAAAUUAGACGACGAAACGCAGUUCAAGGCAUUCAACGCCUUGUUGAGCGACAGUAAUGCGGCAGAAACCUUGAAUACACUGCGGCUGGAAGUGUGGGACGCUACUUUGUGUCAAGAUGAGGAAUCCCCCCAGUGGUGCAAGCACCUGUUGAAGCAAUGCUCUGCACUGAGACACGUACACUUCAGUGCCCACCAGUCGGUCCUAUGGGUUGCCACGGUACUGUCGUGCGCGCCCUCUGACCUCGUCACGAUAUCCAUAGAAGGCUUUGCUCGCCAACACAAAGACCUCGAGCGCCUGGCGGACGUCUUGGAUUGCAAUGUCUUUCACUGCCUGGAGAGAGUGGAAAUGAAGUUUCUGAGCUUCUCAUUGCUCGCAAAGACAAUCAGCACCGAGGAUGUGAGCCCGAGCGGCUUGCAGCGCGUCUUCGGGGAAUUGCACAAGCGGGGGAAAUUGGUGAUACUGCGAGAGUAGUGGAAGGGCUUGACUACGUCCACGUCUGACAUGACGUGUUGGUGAGAAGAUGCACUGGCGAGCAGCUUGAACUUGAAGUAGUGCACCCUCGGUUACUAUGUGCGGAUCGCCAUUUAGGAUGACGUAUGUGCCAUCCUCAGCAUCGGAUUUUUCAAACGGUCUCUAGGACAGCUGGCCUAUGAUAGCAGAGAACCUCGGGCGUAGAAUACACGGACACCCUUCUGUACCUACUCUUGACAUAGGGCUUCCAUCGCCACGGCUGAUACACGUGCUUCUGUGGACAUUUUGACGGUACACGGCACAUCGGAGACUGCGAGCGGGCAACAGACCCCAAUUUUGGAUGUACUAC